AUGGCCACCAACGCCCGCAAAAUCGCUGUGAUUCCUGGUGAUGGCAUCGGCAAGGAGGUCAUGCCCUGGGGCGUGCGAUGCCUUGAAGCCGCUGCCAAGGUAUACAAUCUAGACCUCGACUUCACCAAUUUUGAAUUCGCCUCCUGCGACUACUAUCAGAAGCACGGCGAUAUGCUGCCCGCGGACUGGAACGCCACUCUCUCCAAGUUCGACGCCCUCUACUUUGGCGCCGUGGGUAUGCCAAACCUCGUUCCUGACCACGUCUCCCUAUGGCUCUCGCUGCUCAAGUUCCGCCGGGAAUUUGACCAGUACAUAAAUCUGCGCCCCGCCCGGCUCAUGCCGGGCGUCAAAUGCCCUCUGGCCGGCAAAAAGCCGGGCGACAUCGACUUCUGGAUCGUCCGUGAGAAUACCGAGGGCGAAUACAGCUCUAUCGGUGGUCGCAUCUUCGAAGGCACCCCGCGUGAAACUGUGAUACAGGAUACCAUCAUGACGCGCACGGGUGUCGACCGAGUACUCAAGUACGCCUUUGACCUGGCGCAGAAGCGGCCAAAGAAGCAUCUGACCUCGGCCACCAAGUCCAACGGCAUCUCCAUCACCAUGCCCUUCUGGGACGAGCGAGUUGCCGAAAUGCAAAAGAACUACGGCGACGUUCGUGUCGACAAGUAUCACAUCGAUAUCCUGUCGGCCUGGUUUGUGCUGCGACCGGAGCUCUUCGACGUCAUUGUCGGUAGCAACCUCUUCGGAGACAUCCUCUCAGACCUCGGCCCCGCGUGCACCGGCACCAUUGGUAUUGCCCCUUCCGGCAACAUCAAUCCCGAGGGCAAAUUCCCCAGUUUGUUUGAGCCCGUGCACGGCUCUGCGCCUGACAUAUACGGCAAGGGCAUUGCGAAUCCUGUUGGCAUGAUUUGGGCCGGCCAGAUGAUGCUGGAGCACUUUGGUUUCGAUGAGGCGGCCAAGGGGAUGCUGAGCGCGAUCGAGCGCGUGCUGGAGACACAUGACGAUGCGGUCAUCACGGCAGAUAUGGGCGGAAACGGCACAACGGAGGCUUUUGGCAAGGCGAUCGAGGAGGAAAUUCUGAAAGGCAAGGCAUAG